AUGGAGUUAGAGAACCUGAAGAGGCUGCGUCAGGCCAACCAGGACCUUCUACAAAGGCUCAGAAUGAAGCAGGAAGAGAUCAGAAAAAGACUUCCCAGCAAGCCAGUCUUUCCGGCAUCUCUUCAUAAUAGAACAGCUACUGAAAGACCUGUCCCCUUGGCCAAGAGAGGGAAGGAAAAUCAGGUCGAUGCUGCGAAGUCUGCAGCUGACCCUGCAAUGCUGGUGUCUGUGGAACCAGGAGCUUACGCAGCCAGAGCAGCCCUCUGUUCAUCUCUUAAACACAGCAGCAAUGACAGAGGGGUAGAGCAACAACAAGCGAAGAGGCAGGAAGCUGUAGGUUUGGAUUCCAGCUUUCCUGGGAAAGAGAAGAAUGUUACGCCAGUGUCUGCAAUCAUUACGUGUGGCAGAGAAGCCUCUAUAGUGGACAAGGAUGGCUAUGCUCAAGGAAGUCCAGAGAAAGAAUCCUUUCUUCUGGAACAUGGAGACAACAGAAAACAGUCCGCUCUGCUACAUGAUUUCCGUGAGAAAAAACAGCUUAAGGACCACCUGGACCCAUCACUGAGCAGAAUACGAAGUGAAGAGACCAGCAAGCAGCAUGUAGUCAUUAGAGGGCCCGUAAUUUGUAAAUCAAUCUUGCUGACAUCUCAGUCCAAAGAGUUGAAGAAGGAAGCUGGUCAUGUGGCUUUUCAGACUGACCCUGAAGAGUAUACCAUACCUGUGAGCAGCUGGUCUGUGCGUCCUUUCCUGGGCUAUGACUGGAUUGCAGGACUCCUAGAUACAAACUCUUCAACAGCAGAAAAAUCUGAUCAAUACUUUGCUGAGCUGCACGAGUUCCGACAGGCCAACAGAGCAGCGUGUAUUCAUGAGCAGCACCUGGAGCCCGAGGCUCUGGAUUACAUAGUUCCUGAACAAGAACCAGAUUUGAUAACCAGUUCCCACAAGUGUGUUUACUGUUACCGACUAAACCAGCGCCUCUUUCCUGUUCCUGUGAAUUCAGAAUCUGCCUGCUCUGUGUGUAAGAUCCCACAUACUCACCAGCCCCCAGAGAUCCUGGAAAAGCCAGCCUAUGUCAGGGUCAGCAUUCCCAGGUCUACCCUUAAGCCUGCCUACAAAUACAAAGCCCAUCGCAGGAAGAGCUUUGAACCGGCCGACAAUUUGGCAUUACCUUCGCAUUGCCUGGCUGGCUGGGAAAAUAUCAUCUCUUCCAGCAAUCCCACACUCAGCAGUUUGGAUCUGCGAGCUUCACUGGAACAGAAGCCUUCUCACCAUCCUCGCCUGAACUUGGUGUCCAGAGUGUCCGGAGGAACCAGAACUGACCAGCUUCUGAACCUGACGCACUUGGCACACUUCAGAUUUAGCAGUGCUUCUCAGCAGAGGGAGCAAACCAAACCUGGGCACUACAGAGCAGCUCCAAAUUUAGAUCCGACCGCCUCAACUCUUGUGAACCACUGA